CUAGCUAAACUGUGGCACACGCUUUAAACCUCCACCUUCAAAACCCUCUCUCUCUCUCUCACUCACUCUCUCUACCUUACUCUCAGUAAUCACAGUGUAAGUUUUCUCUCUCUAAAUCACACUAUGGGAGAAAAAGCUAUGGAAGUCCACUCCUCGGCGACCACUCCAAGACCUUCAAUGACGUUUGGCUCGUCGCUAAUUCCGAUGAUCAACAAGCUCCAGGACAUUCUCGCGCCGGUGGGCAGCGAUAGGCCGCAGAUUUCGCUGCCUCAAGUGGCGGUCGUGGGAAGCCAGAGCAGCGGGAAAUCGAGCGUCCUCGAAGCCCUCGUUGGCCGCGACUUCCUCCCCCGCGGCCGUGACAUCUGCACUCGGCGGCCGCUCGUGCUGAUGCUCGAGAAUCGCGCGGCGGUGCCCGGUGAUGAACACACCGAAUGGGGCGAGUUCCGCCACUUGCCCGGAAAACGCUUCUACGACUUCUCCGCAAUCCGCCACGAAAUUCAGGCGGAGACGGAUAGGGAGGCCGGAUUGAACAAAAGGGUUUCGGAUAAGCAAAUCCGGCUGAAGAUUAUCUCUCCGAAUGUGCUUAAUAUGACUCUGGUUGAUUUGCCUGGAAUCACGAAAGUUCCGGUGGGAGAUCAACCAAGAGACAUAGAAGCAAUGGUUAGGAAGAUGAUUAUGGGCUAUAUUAUCCAGCAAAACUGUAUUAUAUUAGCGGUUAGUCCUGCGAAUUCGGAUUUGGCAACCUCCGAUGCACUACAGAUGGCUAGAGAAGCUGACGCGACUGGUUUUCGAACAAUCGGUGUGAUCACCAAGCUUGAUAUAAUGGACAGGGGCACCGAUGCUCUUGACUUUUUGCUUGGGAAAAUUAUUCCGCUGCAGCUCGGUUAUGUUGGUGUUGUGAAUCGUAGCCAGGAGGACAUCAAUAGAAACUGUGGGAUUGCUGCUGCCCUUGCUUACGAGGAGAAAUUCUUCAAUAGGCACCUUGUAUAUAGUAAACUCUUGGAUCAUUGCGGCAUGCCCCAGUUAGCAAGGAAGUUGAAUCAGAUUCUGGAGCAGCAUAUCAGAAGGGUUCUCCCUGAUUUGAAGGCUCGGUUGAAUUCUCAAAUGGUUUCUGUUUUGAAAGAAUUGCAAGCAUAUGGGCUACCUUUAGAAUCUAAAAUGGAUCAGGGAAUGAUUUUGUUGAACAUUUUGACAAAAUAUUGUGAAGCUUAUGCUGCCAUGGUGGAGGGAAAAAGUCAGGAGAUGUCAACAAAAGAAUUGUCAGGAGGAGCCAGGAUCCACUACAUUCUCCAGUCAAUUUUUGUAAAAAGCUUGGAGGGUGUGGACCCCUCCGACGAUCUAACUGAUGAUGAUAUUCGAACGGCUAUUCAAAAUGCUUCUGGUGCAAAAAAUGCUCUAUUUGUGCCUGAGGUCCCAUUUGAAAUUUUAGUAAGAAGACAAAUUGCUCGAUUGCUAGACCCAAGCUGUCAGUGUCUGCGUUUUGUUUACGAUGAACUAGUUAAGAUAAGCCACGAUUGCGCGGUUAUUGAGUUGCAAAGGUUUCCAGUUUUGAGAAAGCAUAUGGAUGAAAUCAUGAUCAACUUUUUGCGGGAAGGUGUAAAGCCUGCUCAGAGAAUGAUAGAAAAUCUUAUUGAGAUGGAGGUGGAUUGUAUAAACACAUCGCAUCCAUGUUUUAUAGGUGGGAAGAAAGCUUCUGAGCUUGCUAUGCAAGAGUUGAAAGCACAACAGGGAAGUCGUCCUCAGCUGAAUAAAGAGAAUCCUGUAUCUUCUGGUUCUACGAAGACUUGGGGUAUUCCAUCUGUAUUUGGGAAUAGGACAUCAGCUGCACAGUCUGGUACACCUUUUGGUGAACAACGUCAUUCAGAGUCAAUGCCCUCCACAAUCAAUUUGAGAGAGCCACCAUCCAUCUUAAGGCCAGUUGAAACGACAGAAAAUGAAGCAGCGGAAAUUAUUGUAACCAAAUCACUGUUGAAAUCCUAUUAUGACAUUGUCAGAAAGAACAUUCAAGACCUAGUUCCAAAAGCUAUAAUGCACUUUCUGGUCAACUCUACGAUAAAAAACCUUCAAACGGGCUUUAUUCAAAAACUGUACAGAGAGAACCUGUUUGAAGAACUGCUGAAGGAGCAUGAUGAACUUGAUUCAAAAAGAAAAUGUGACCAAAAGUUGUACGAGGUUUUGAAGCAAUCCCUUCAGACACUCGAGAAGGUCGAAUUUGAUGUUUCAACCCAAACUUAAAGUAUUGGCACUGAUUUUUCGGUUGGACCGUCAAGGAUUCCGAGUACUUUGCCCCAUCUGCACAAAACAUCUGAGGUGAGCCAGUUCACACACCAUUCGUUUUCCAUGCCAUACACGACCGACACCACAGCUUGAAGAUCAUUUCGACGAGAAAAUCAGGCAUUGUCCACAUGGGUUUGAUAUCAAAUAUACUAGUAUUAUGGUGGUCCAUUAAGCGAUUAGCAUUAGUGAUUACCAGGUUGUAGGCGUCCUCCUCCUGUAUCAUUUUUUUGCAUAUGGAAUGAAUAAGUUGUAUGAUGAUUAAAGAGUCGGUUCAAAAUACAUGAGUUGUAUGCGCAGGGAGUUUUGAUCGGUGCUGCAA